ACUGUACAUGCCGGCCCUAUGCGCCACUCAGUAUGCGCUUCGCUGUCUGGGAAGUUGGUGAAAAUCGUCUUUUUCCUUAUUUCAUCCUCUGAGUUUAGCAAGAAACGUCCAUGACUGACUACCAGGAAGAACAAACAAAUGAGAUCGCUGCUUUGGAAUCGAUUUAUCCUGAGGAAUUCACAGUGCUGUCGGAUGAUCCACAUUGCUUCCGCAUCACCGUGCGUUCAGAGGAUACUGGAAAUGAGGACGAUGAAACCUAUAGCGCAACCCUCCAGUUUACCUACACACCAACCUACCCGGACGAGCCCCCUCUAUACGAGGUGACAGAAGAUGGGAACGUGGAUGAAGAUGAUCGAUCCAAAAUCACAGAAACACUUCAGCAACAGAUCGAGGAGAAUCUCGGCAUGGCCAUGGUGUUCACGCUAGUCUCGGCCACCCAGGAGUACCUAAACAACAAAGUUGAUGAGGAGAGAAAGGCCGAGAUGGAGGAGAAGAGACGGCGAGAGGAAGAAGCAGAUCGGUUGAAAGAAGAAGAGGAGCAGAGAUUGAAAGGCACGCUGGUGACAAUAGAGUCCUUCCUGGCAUGGAAGGAGAACUUUGACCAGGAAAGGUUGACAGAGAAGAAGAAAAAAAUGACAGAGCAGCCAAAGAAGCUGACAGGAAAGGAGCUCUUUGAAAAGGACCAUAAUUUGUACGACUCCGACAUGGCCUUGCUGGAUGAAAAUGACAGGGUUGAGGUCGAUGAAUCACUCUUCCAAGAGAUGGAUGACCUAGAUCUUGAACUUGAAGAUGAGGACUAGGCAAUCAUUGGAGUAAGAUACCUCAAACAUCAUGUGAGAAACAGUCGAGGCAGUAGUCUUCUCAUCAGCUUUCUUUGCGGGCUCCACAGAACAUUUUGUCUUUAAAAUAAAAAAGCACAGUGGCAAAUGCUGAUGCGAGGCUUACUGUACAAGCGCCCUAGACCAGUUUAGCCACUCAUUGUGCUCAAAACUCCCUGAGAUUUUGCAUGCGGGCUCCGUGCCGACGUUUCCGUCACUGGUGACAAAAAACAGGAACGCCACUGCAGUUGCGUGUUAGGCACGCUGGCAGACCACGGGUGGAUGCGUUUUGCAUGGAUGUCACUUGCGAUGGUGCGCAUGCAGUAGGGUUGGCUCAACAGGGCAUCUUGACUGAGUGACUAACGUCCCUCAUUGAGCACAGAGCCCACAUGUGAAGUAAUACGCUGAUCUGUUGGUAAAAGCCCUGACAAAGUAUUACAGCUUGAAUCACUUGGGAAGUGAUGGAUACAAUAAACCUUUUAAGUUGCACUGACA